AUGUCUCAAUUUGUAUUCAGUGCAUUUGAUCCGCCCUCUCUUGUGACGCCUGCACCCUCAGCCGCCCUCAGCUCUCAAAAUCCCCAUGACGCAACUCAUGCAUCAUCCAAUGGGCGUUCCGUGGAGAUCUUCAAGUUCCAGACGGGCAAUCCAACAGUGAAGUAUGGCUCAUAUGAAGCUGAUGUUGCAUCGGGGCAAUACACAUUGUGCUGGGGCACGGUAGCUGAACUGGAGGAAUGGAUCGAAGCAGAGGAGCGGAAACUCUGCGUCGAUCUUCCCCUCAAAGAAGUUGUCCGGAACAAGAACAAGCGGAAUCACAAGUGGAUUCAGAAGAGCACCUAA